AUGGCGGCUGUCUCCUCGGGAGCUGCAGCUGCAACACCAGAGGCUCCGGCUGCCUUCUCCAGGGGACAGCUGCAGCACGAUCUGCAGCUAUGUAUAGCCCCCCCGACAAUGAACCAGCAGCAGCAGCAGCAGCAACAGCAGCAGCAGCAACAACAACACCAACAGCAACAGCAGCAACAACAGCAACAACAGCUGUUGCUGCUGCCGCAGUUCCCCCAACCUCUGCAGCAACCGCGGCAUCAGCCUCUGCAGCAGCAACAGCAUCUCGCUUUGCAGCAGCAAAAGCAUGCUGAGAGUGUCUCUGCAGCAACCCCCUUGCUGCUGUCAGCACCAAACCCCACAUCCAAGUGGAUGUGGGGCUUUGAGGGGGGCCCUAAGGUGUCUGCGCAGCAGCCGUGGCUUUCCCUAGGGGAUCCUAACGGCAUUGAAGGCCCCGCAGAUACUGUAACAGCUGCUGCUGUUACUGCUGCUGCGACGUCUGGAGGAGCAGGAGCGGGAGCAGGAGCAGUGCCUGCAGCAGGAACAGCAGCUGCAGCAGCAGCUGCUGCUGCAUUUGAAGGGGGAUGCACCAGCAAUGGAAUAUCACUUCCUCUACACAGCAUUCCCCCUUUAAACUCCGACGCUACAUUCAACUUGCAUGCGCCGCUGGGGUUGCAUACAGCCUCAGGGGAUAAAACUCCCGUCAUGCAAAUAGAGGCUUCCGUCUGCUCGGCUGCUGCUGCUGCUGCGGCAGCAGCAGCAGCAGCGCGCAGCUCUUCUUCAUCCCUGAAGACACUGGCUCAAAAUCAGCAGACAACAGAAGGAAGCGAUUUAGGACUUUUGGCUACGUGCUGCAUAGAUCAGGGCCCCCCAGGUCUCCAGUUAGGAGGCAAUCAGCAGCAACGGAAGCAGCACAUGCAGCAGCAAAUAACUAGGGGACAGCACAUCUUUACGCAGGGCCCACCUCAGCUGUCCCUCUGCCAACAGCAGAAGGCAAGAACGCCGCUCCAGCCACUGCAGCAGCAGUUGCAGCAGUUGCAGCGGCAGCAGGUCCCAAACGCGCAUAUGAAUCCUCCACAGUUGCAGCAGCAGUUGUUGCAGUUGCAGUUGCAGCAGCAGUUGCAUCUGCAGCAACAGUUGCAGCUGCAACAACAACUGCACUUGCAGCAGCAGUUGCAGCAUCAGUUACAUCUGCAACAGCAUCCCCAACAACAGUCAAACGAGCAGCACAUGCUGCAGCAGCAGCGGGGACUGCGGGUGCAGCUAGAGCACAGUUUGCUGCCUGAUGGACAAGGGCCUCUCUCCAAAUCCUCGCUGAAAGAAGGGUCUCUUAGUUGCUGCAGCUGCUUGAACAGGUGGGGGGGUGCCUUUGGAGAUCUGCCACCAGCAGCAGGAGGUGGCGGAGGUGCUGCUGCUGCAGCAUCCCCCUCUGUCCCCUCUGCCGCACCCACAACUGCAGCAGCAACUGUAGCAGGAGCGGGAGCAGCAGGAGCAACAGCAGGAACAGCAGGAGGAUUUGUACCAACAUCUCAUGGAGCCUCAUUAAAAGGAACUACAGGGGAGGGACUAAGUCAUGAGUUUGGAGACAGUUGCGGAGGAGACAGUAGAAGAGGGGGGACAGAGGGACUAAAGAAAGGACUAGAAAUACCAUUAACGCCGUUAGAGAUGUGGCAAGCAAGACAAGUACUCAACCAAAGAGAAUCAAGACCCUUACGUCUUAGCCGACUAGAAAUGGUAGAGGCGUAUGCUAAGUGUAAGCAGCAGCCGCAGCAACAACAAAAACAACGACGACACAACAACAACAGCAACAGCAGCAGCUAA